UACAGUUGAACAAAAUUCCAUCAUCAUAGAAACCAAAGAAUCAUGUCGAAAUUCUCCACAACAUCUAGUCGUCAGUUGAGUACUCGUAAUUCGGACAUUGAUGCUCUGGCCCAGCGGGGCUACAAUAUUGGCCACAAAAUUGGUGAAGGAUCCUAUGCCACUGUUAUAACAGCUGGUUAUGCCGAUAAUACCGGCCAGGGUCUGCACUUGGCAUGCAAAAUAAUCGACAAAGGAAAGGCGCCUUCCGACUUUGUCCAUAAAUUCUUUCCACGUGAAUUGGAAAUUCUAACGAAAAUUGAUCACCCAAAUAUUAUACAAAUUCACAGUAUUCUACAGCGUGGUCCAAAAAUCUUUAUUUUUAUGAGAUAUGCUGAAAAUGGCGAUUUGUUGAGCUAUAUAAAAAAGACAGGGCCCGUCGAGGAACUGCAGGCUAAAGCCUGGUUUAUGCAAAUGGCAAAAGCUAUAAAGUACCUGCACUCCCACGACAUAGCACAUCGCGAUCUUAAGUGCGAGAAUAUACUGUUGUCGAAACGCCUCAAUGUAAAAUUAGCCGAUUUUGGAUUUGCCCGUUAUUGUCGCGAUGAGAAUGGCCGCGAUAUAAAAUCGGAAACAUAUUGUGGUUCGGCAGCCUAUGCUGCUCCUGAAGUUGUCUGUGGUCGUCCCUAUGAUCCUAAAUUGGCGGACGCCUGGUCAUUGGGAGUCAUUCUCUUCAUAAUGCUGAAUGCAAAAAUGCCGUUCGACGAUCAUAAUUUGAGUAAACUACUCGAGGAUCAGCGGAGUAAAAAGUUUUCGUUUCGCCGCAAAUUGCAAGAUCAAAUAUCAGCGCAGGCUAAGGCUACAGUGGCUGUGCUAUUGGAACCAGAGCCUCAUGCUCGCUGGGAUUUACGUGAAAUUCUAAAUUGCAGUUGGGUUCGCAACGAAGAUGAAGAUGUCAUUAAGGUGUAA